AUGAAGCGCAAGGCGCCCGCGUCCCCCCCGCCAGGGAGAGAUGACGUCACGGUCGAAACCUUCGUCCACGAGGACUUCGCCGGCCGAUACGACGGUGAGGUGGACGACGAGGGUCGCCCGCACGGCGCGGGCAUCCUGCGACUCGACGACGACGGCGCCUGGUACGAGGGCGAGUUCAGGCGUGGCGCACGGCACGGGCAGGGCACCCUCCACUUCCCGCCGGACGACGACGACGACGAUGAUGAGGAUGAGGAUGAGGAUCACGACCGUAAACACGGGCCGAUGCCCGAGACCUCGCUCGAGGGACUGUCCACGCGAGGGGAUCGCGUGGUGGGCUCCUUCGCCGACGACGCCAUCGAGGGAUACGCCGAGUACCUCUCGAGCGACGGCACCCGGCGCGCGGGCCUCUGGCACGACGGCGAACUCUCCGGCCUGAUCGAGGAGUUCGACGAGGACGGCGAGUGCGUCUUCGGCGGGGAGAUGGACGCCGACGGGAACAAGAACGGCCGGGGUUGGUUCUCCUUCCCCGACGGGGGAUGCUACGGCGGCCAGCUCGCGGCUGGGAAACCAGACGGCAAGGGCCUCUACCUCUUCCCGCUGACCUACGGCGUGUGCCCCCCGGAGAGCAAGCUCGCCGCCGCCACGUUCGCGUUCUGGGGCAUGUACCAGUCGGAGACGAAGGAGUGGGAGGCGUGGGACCAUCGAAGGGACCAGGCUGAGUUGGAGUGGCAAAAAGUCGCCGACGGCAAGCGAUGCCCCACGUCGCUGGCGGCGAAACCCGACCUGGAGAAGGAUUGGCGAGACGAGGAGCCCGGGCCGUGGAGCGAGAGCCCGGAGAUGUGCGGCGACGACCCGGAACCGCCCGCGGGGAUGCCCGAGCGCAUGUGCAUGUACGGCGAAUGGGUCGGCGGCAAGUGCGUUCGCGCGGGGUUUUACGAGGGAUUCGGUUUUUGGAAGGAACACUUCUGGGCGCAGCCGCACUUAUCGCCGCUGCUCGCGGACAUAUUCAUGUGCUUCUUCGAGCUCGGGCACACGGAGGGGCACGGCGAGGAGCGGUACGCCAUCGCAAAGGCAGCGGGGCUGUCCAUGCGGGAUGAGAUUGAGAAGUUUCAGCUGUACAGCACCGAGCAGGGGUGCCACAUGCCAAAUAAUUCAGAGGGUCCGUGGGGGGUGGUGAAGGCCGGAGCGGACUCGUACAGCGGGGAGAAGCCCCGCAACCACGAGCCCGGCGAGCUGCUCGGGUUCGUAUCCGGCAGGAGGCGCGCGCUGCGGGGUGGGUGGGGCGAACGGAGGUGGCUCCCUUCGGACAAGAUUUUUUUCCUCGGCGACGACGACGGGGCUCCGGACCCGCCCGCGGAAGGUUCCGGCGCGGAUCCGGACGGUGGAAGCGGCGCGGGGGGCGUGUUCAUCAUCGCGGACGACACCGAUCCGGUACCGGGCGAGGCGAAGGUUCCGGACUACGACUCCGAGGGCGACGAGAAAACCUUCCUGACGAACAUCGACGUCCCGCUCAAGCGCAAGGACGGCAGCCGAAGGCGGAUUUACACGACGCUCGGCGAACACGCCAAGGUGGUGGUCAGGGACCCGCCCAACUGCGAGCGCAGGCCGUACGUCCACCCCGUGCUGGGGAACAUCCUUGCGCUCGUGGCGACGCGGAAGAUCACGAGGGACGAGGACAUCACCGUCCCGCCGUGCUACGAUACGGGUUGGAGGCUCAACCCCCGGACCGAGGCUGGGUACUACUACCACCUCAAGAAUUCGCCCCCCGCGGAGCUGUUCGAGUCGGGGCGGGGCGGCGAAGCCGGCGUCGGCAAGGUGUACGUUCGCGCGCACGGACCGUGGCGCGCGCUGUGGCUGGACAAGGUCGAGCAGGGACUCGCGUACGACUUUAACGCCGGCAAGGCGUACGCGGAGGAUCCCGCCUUUGUCGACUUCAAACACGACCCUGCCGUGCUGGGAUUCGAGUACGUCAGGGCGAUGGCCACGGCGGCGGUGGCGGCGAUUGGCGCGAAUGCCCUGAACGCGCGGACCCGCGCGUUGUGCGUGGGUCUCGGCGCCGGUGCCUUGCCCGCGUUUUUAAGUCGAGUGGUCGGCCUGGACGUGCUCUGCGUGGAGAUCGACGCCGACGUCGCCGACGCCGCUCGUAACUUCCUCGGCGUCGACUUUCGCGAGACGAACCCGGACGACGCGUUCGACGUCUUCAACGAACGUUCAACGUUGAACGAUGACCGACUUUCUGCUGCUCGCGGUAGCGGGUUCGGGCUCGUCAUCGAGGAUAUCGCCGACUUUCUGGAUCGCGACGAGUGCGCCGGGUCGUUCGACGUCGUCCUGUUGGACGCGUACGACGGCGAAGGACGGGUCCCCGCGCACCUCAGGGACCCAGAGAACAAAUUCGUGCAGAAAGUGCUGGGUUCCGUCCGUCCCAAUAGCGGGUGCAUCGUCGCAAACCUCUGGAACAGCGAGGACCGGGCGGAGUUCAGUCGGGAGCGGCGGGAGCUCGAGGAGUUUCGGAAGCAGCUGGCGGCGGGCGGCGCGAGCGCGAGGGCGGACGUGACGGUGAGCGGGCAGGAGAACAACGUGGUGGUGCUGGCGGCGAGCGGUGCGGCGGGUGGGGGGCACUUGGCGAGCGGGGCGCUGCGAAGGUCGCUGGUCGAGAUCGUGAAGGCGCAUCCGGGGGUUGGGGCGUCGCUGGUGCCGCCGGAGCACUUCGCGGCGACCGAGCCGUAUUAG